ACGUUUUUGGUUGCAAUUAUUCUCUCGGCAUCUGUGGGGAUCCUCACCGCCCUUUCUCCCAAUAUGAUAGUAUACAUAGUGUCUCAAGGUUUACAGGGAUCACUCAGCGGCUGUAUAUUCCUGACCACAUUCACUUUAGGAGUUGAAUUCGUGGGCCCAAGCAAACGCAAUUUUGCUGGUUUUGGGGUAAUGUAUUUCUUCAGCAUCGGUUACUUCUAUAUCGUACUGUUUGCCUACUUCAUAAGAAACUGGAGACACCUUGCUCUAGUGCUGUACGUGCCUGCAUACCUGUUUGGACUGUAUUAUUUCAUUCUUCCCGAAUCUUUCCGAUGGCUGUUGUCAAGACGCCGCACCGAAGAAGCAGAGAAAUUGAUCCGAUCAGUUUCUAUGACAAAUAUCAACUCUGAGCCUGAUGAUGAGACCAUUAAGUCUGUGAUAGAGGACAAAGAAGAGACGAGUGUCUCCUCUCGAACAUAUACCCCUAUAGACAUGGUGCGGACUUGGAAACGAGCCGCACUGACGGCAAAUGUGUGCUUCAACUGGAUGGUAAACGGCAUGGUAUACUACGGUUUGGCACUAAACUCCGAGGGAUUGGGUGGUGAUCUCUACCUCAACUUCACACUGAUGGGGGCCAUUGAAUUUCCUGCCUACACUCUGGCUGUUUUCCUCAUCGACAAAAUUGGCAGAAGAAAGUCAUUGACGGGAUUUAUGGUGCUUGGAGGGGUGGCUUGCAUUGUUUCCGGGUCUCUUCCUUCGGAUUUACAUUGGUUAAUAGUAACGCUGGCAAUACUUGGUAAGAUGGGUAUCUCUGCAUCAUUUGUGGUAAUCUAUGUGGUGACAGCGGAGGUUUAUCCAACAGUAAUGAGAAUCAUAGCCCUGGGGUUGGCCUCUACUUUUGCCAGAGUUGGCAGCGCCUUGGCACCGCAGGUUGUUUUACUGAAGGAACCAAUUGCUGCACUGCCUUUUAUCAUCCUUGGAGCAGAAUCAAUCAUCGCUGGACUGCUGUCACUUCUGUUACCUGAGACUGUGCGCAGAGAUCUCCCGCAGAAUCUAGAGGAAUUCGACAACUUGUUGGCGUCUCCCAGAGAGUACGAAGAGACGAAGCCAAAAGAGAAAAAGGGGGAUGACGAAAAGACAGACAAGGAACAUAAAGAAGAAAAACACGAAAACAAUAAAGAAAUGGGAGAAUCACAAACAAAAAUCUAAUUAUCAGUGCAUUCGUUAUGUUAGAACGGGGGACGUAUGUACACAAUGUAUGGCGCAAUUAAGGUUCUGGCAUUUGGACCAAAACAUUUUGUCGGGCGCUCAUACAUGAACCUGAAUAACCAGCAUCAUAAGGCAAUCCUCAUGAAUCAAAGAAUCUGCGCCCAUGAGGAGUCAGAUCGGAGACAAGUCAAUUAGCCCUGUCAUGAAAGAACGUUACCUGAAUAUUGUGACGCUGCGGCAUCGAAAGGUAGACGCUUGCCUUCAAAUGAGUCAUGACUUUAUAUGUGAGAAGGCACGCUCUCAAAUUGGGAUCAUUUAGCGGAACCUUGAAACCCAGCAUUUACUUUGUUCAAUUGACACUUAAUGCCUGAACCUUAUGCUGUGAAUUUAUAACUGAACGUGGUCUAAACUAUUCAAGCCAUGAAAAAGACUUCUGUCUGACGUCUAAAAAAGAAUAAAGCAAACAAACAAACAAUGCAGUGUGCUUUCUAUCAAAUCAAAAUUAUUUAUUAUUCAAGUCAGCUUCCAAGAUUCCAGUGUAUGUACAAUAUAUGGAAAGAAUAAGUGGGAUGUUUGCUCUCAAUUCUAGUUAGGUAUGACUGUUACAGUAAGUGUUUGUUGACGCUG